AUGGAUCAUCCAGCUUAUACACUUAGUGCUCUUACCCUUGUUGGUGGUGUUAUGGGAUAUGCCAGAAAAGGCUCACUUCCCUCUUUAAUAUCUGGAACAGCAAUUUCUGCCCUGUAUUUAACAGCAGGCUAUCUUUUACAUGAAAACAAGGAGUAUGGUAUCCACACUGCAUUGUUGGCUUCAUCAUUGACCCUUUUUGCAGGUUUGGGAAGGGCUUUUCAGGUUGGAAUCAAGAAGCCUGUUCCAUUUUUCCUUACUACGUUGGGUGCAGUUUCUACGUACUAUUAUGCGAAAAAGUACAGUGAGUUCUAUUUAUAA